AUGAUGGGCAACACUUUUACUUCGUGUACAAAUCGUAGAAGAACUGUGGAAAAUAGGACAAGUGAUGCUUAUGGUCUAUCGACUGAAUUUGAAAAACGCAAAACAGUUGCAAGUAAUUAUCCAGAUCGUUCAAAAAUUAUUCCUUUUCCAGAUUAUAAAUUAACUGGACAUUCUAGUCGAUGUGAGCGUGGCGACUGGACUGACGAUACAGAUCAAUGGAUAUUAAUUUUAGAGACAUUAAUCGAAGGAAAUGGUGAUGAAAGAAUAUUUGCUAAGAAAUUAGAGAGAUGGAUUGAAUACGGUUUUCCAGAAUUGAAUGAUUCUGCAGGAAUGGGAUUAGGCGCUAAUAUACAACAAGUUGUUUUCAGUCAUGGAUAUCUUCGUAAUCCAAUUGAGACUAGUAGAAUGAUAUGGGAACAUGGAAAUCGACAAGCAGCACUGAAUGAAGCUGUUAUGCGCUAUUCAGCCGCAGCAUUUGUUCAUUUCGAUGGUUUAGAAAAAGUAACUAAAGCAUAA